UUGUAUAAUGUUGCGUGUGGAAACUCGCAGAAACUUCCUCACGGCGUUGGCCGGUCAUGUGAGAAAAAUUCAGAGCAAGCGUCAGUCCAAGACCUUUUUGGUCCAAUUGCAGCAGCAGGUUGCAGCAUCCUCGCCUCGUGCGCGUCGUCCCCGUUUCGUCUCAACGCGCUUUCCCCCCAAUUGCGUUCCUUGGCCUCCCCAACUCCGCCCCGCUCAGUUAAAGACCUCACUCAAUCAUCAAUCACAAGGGAAGGGAAUCAAUCGUCUCCUCUUCCUCUUCCUCUCCCUACCAACCCUUUCUCUAGUGUCUACUAUCCUGACGCCGCCGCCGCCUGCUACCUCUGGCCUCCAGCACCCCCAGCAGCUGCCUUUCAUUCGCGCUGCCCUUUCUGCCCCCUGCUUGUGCGUCCGGAUCGGUUUCCUAGCGUCAACCGCCGUGGAAAUCCGUUGACGCGGCGGUUUCCGGCCAGAUCUGAGCUUGUCGGCACAGAAAGGUGCGGCCUUUCGCCCAAAGUCGCCUUCUUUUCCGGUGAUUCGUACCGCCUGAGGGAGCCGCCCGCCGUAGGUUGGUCUGUCUGCUACCUCCCGACCCGUCUCGAUGGCUUCUUCCCCGGCGGCGUCGUACUGGUGCUACCAGUGCGACCGCUUCGUCCGCGCCGUGCCGCAGGACGACGACGGCUCCUCCGCCGCCGUCGCCUGCCCGGGCUGCGGCGGCGGCUUCCUCGAGGAGAUGGGCGCGCCGCCGUCCCGGGCCGCCUACCUCCGCCGCCCGCGCGCGCACCACCACACCAGCGACCUGCGCAUCCGCCGCUCCCGCCGCGGCGCCGCGCACGCCAACGCCGCGGGAGACCGCGCCUCGUCCUUCAACCCCGUCAUCGUGCUGCGCCGCUCCCCCGCGCCCGGCGGCGUCGACGACUCCCCCGCCGCCGCCAGCACCUUCGAGCUCUUCUACGACGACGGCGCUGGCUCCGGCCUCCGCCCGCUCCCCGAGAGCAUGUCCGACUUCCUCAUGGGCUCCGGCUUCGAGCGCCUCCUCGAUCAGCUCGCCCAGAUCGAGGCCGGCGGCCUCGCCCGCGCGCGGGACAACCCGCCGGCAUCCAAGGCCGCCAUCGAGUCCAUGCCCACCGUCACCAUCGACGACUCCCACGUCGGCGCCGACUCCCACUGCGCCGUCUGCAAGGAGCCCUUCGAGCUCGGCGCCGAGGCCAGGGAGAUGCCCUGCAAGCACGUCUACCACCACGACUGCAUCCUGCCGUGGCUCGCGCUCCGCAACUCCUGCCCCGUCUGCCGCCACGAGAUGCCCACCAUUGCGCCGCGCUCCCGGGCUGGCAACGACGGCAGCAGCGAGGAGGAGACCACGGUCGGGCUCACCAUCUGGAGGCUUCCCGGAGGCGGCUUCGCCGUCGGGAGGUUCGCCGGCGGGAGGAGGCCUGAGGAGAGGGAGCUCCCGGUCGUGUACACAGAGAUGGACGGCGGGUUCAACAACGGCGGCGCGCCGAGGAGGAUCUCGUGGGGGUCGAGGCAGAGCCCGUCGACGGAGAGGAGCACCAUUAGGCGCAUCCUGCGCAAUGUCUUCGCGUGCUUCGGCCGCGGCCACUCGUCGACUUCGCAGGCCUCGUCUUCCCACACGAGGCCUGAGCUGAACGACGCAGCUUCCGAUCUCAGCCAUGGCUCGAGAAGCCGGAGCACGAGCUGGAGACUCGAGGACGGCCACGCCGAUGCCAUGGUGCAGAGAUAAACUACGAAAGCUUGCUGCUUGUUUCAUGUAUUUACUUAGAAGAAACACGAAGGAUUUGUAGAACAGAAGGGGAUUGGCGUUGUACAUAGAGCAGCAUCUCACAGACGAUGGAUUUGCAGGGGGGAUCGUCCACUAUGAAUGAUGAUUCUGAAUGGAGCAUUUGGUUGGUACAUUAGGAAUUGUUGUUUCCAUUAGUAACAAAUAGCAUGUUUGAUGAUUCAUUCGAUCCAAUGUGGCACCACUCUAUUCUUUGCGUUUGUAAGAACACAAUGAAUGUUUGAUGUUUACAUCGCUGUUGCAGGAUUCAAUAAAAAUCUUGUCCGAUAUAUUUUCCGGUUCA